GGUAUAAAAUUGGCUACUUUAGAAAAUGUCUAAUAUGUAAUAGAGGCAAUGUAUUGUUUCCCUCUAGAGAAGAAGAAGCAAUUUAUUUUUAUUUUAGGGAAAUUUCCCACAGUUUGUUUUGUUAUAUAUUAACUCUUCAAGAUCUAAGAUUGUCAUUAAAAAAAAGUAACAAUGAAUAGAUAUUUUUAACGUAAAUAUGUUCUGUAAACGGCAAAUUGCCUAAUAGUAAGGAGAGGCGUAUGCGACUUCUUCAAGAUGAUCAGCACCUUUCUGACUGUGAAUUUCUUGUUGGGGAUUCACCAGAUAAGGAACCACAACGCUUUCGUUGCCAUAAAAUGAUUUUAGCUUCUGCCUCUGAAGUUUUCGAACGAAUGUUUUACAGUGAGUUUAAUGUUGAUGGGCCAGUACGUGUAAUAGAAGUAGAUGCCAAAAGUUUUGAACGUUUCUUACGCUAUGUUUAUAUAUAUGAAAUAGAAACAGAAGAAAAUCUGUCGCUGAAAGAGUUAUGUGAAUUAUUGUAUUUAGCAGACAAGUAYAUGAUGCAAGAUUUAACCGAUGAAUUAGUAAAACAUUUGAAACAGAAACACAAUUGGACAAUAAGUGAUGUGUGGCCAAUAUUUGAUUUGGCAUGCCUUUAUGAAAACUUACCAUUAUUAUUAUUAUGUUAUGAGAAAAUAACAAAAUCCGUCGUGACGCUGUUAUCUGUCGACUCCUUCUAUGAACUGAAUGCGAACCAUCUGAAACGAGUGGUGAUAUUAGUUUCGCAACAGCCACAUAUAUCAACAAAAUUAAUGCUUCAAAGGCUAGAGGAAUAUGGGCGUCGAAAUAAGUUACAUGAAAAUCGAGAAUCUGAACAGUUUUUUAAAUUGGUCGAAGCCGCAUGCCUGUUGGAUUUCAACAAACUAUCAAAAGCAGAUUAUGAGUCGGGACUUAGACAAUCAUAUUUGUUUAACAAAAAGUAACCAAAUAAUUAGAUGCUAAUUUAAAAAACCAAUUAGCAGUUACGUCCGUUUUACAUAAUAUCAUUAGGUGUACAUGUGUAUUGUUCUUGAUUAUGAGUUUUAAAGAUUAUAGAUAAUGUAGAAAUGCUGCCGGGUUUGCCGGAAAAAAAAUUCGAUUCCGUUCUCGUUACGUAUUCGUGGUAAAGAUGAUACACAUUAUCUUUGGCUGUAUGAGUUAAAAUUUGUAAUGUGGAUAAGAUUUAUUAUAUUUAUUAUCAUGAUCAUUUAUUUUACAGUUUUUCAAUAAAAAAAUCUACACAGUGUAAA